GCGCCGCGGCGUUCGGGGCCGGCGGCCGCCGUGAGGAGGCGACCGGAAGGGACAGGAAGGAGCGACCUCGCGGUCGUGCGCGUGCGUGCGGGCCGCGUGCUGACGUGGCGGCGGCACCAUGAGGGGUGGCGGCGGCUCGGAUACCAGGCCUGUACAUCACGGACAACAGAAAGCCAAGAGGUCUCUGGGAAAUAGAAAGUCUAAGCAAUUUGAGGAGGUGGAAACUACUGUCCUAGGACUGAACAGUAAUUAUGAUGAGGCAACCAGCAACGUUUCUUCUGGCUCACCAAAGACUCAAGUGAAUGGAAGUGGAGAGUCCAGAAGCAAGCGGACCAUUCGCAGGCCUGCUUACUGGUUGGAAAUGAGAGGCAUAAAAAACAGCAUUAACAAAUCUUCACCAAAAAAAGCAGGAGAAGUGCUUUUGAAAGGCAAGAGGAAAUCUGAGCAAGGGGAAGGUGAAGAUCUUAAAGACUCUCCUAAGAAGAAGCAGAAGAUUUCUGCAGGAAAAAAACAGCAAGCUGGAGCACAACAAAACUCCAAGACAAAAGGCCACUGUGUUCAGAAAGAACCAGAAGCCUAUGGCACAGGUAGUAUGGAAGAGCAGUGGUCCUUGGAAAUUCAGGACAAAGGUCGAGUUACCUGUCCAACAUGCCGGGCUGUAGUUAGAAAGACUGUAGAAGGACUGAAGAAGCAUAUGUUAAAUUGCAGGCAGGAAAUGUUCACGUGUCAUCACUGUGGGAAGCAGCUGAAGUCUUUAGGAGGGAUGAAAUACCAUGUCAUGGCAGACCAUAACAAUCAGCCAGUUGUGAAGGAGGGAGGAGAACUGGAUGAACAGCUUGAACGAGACCGUCUUCGGAAGGUUUUGAAGCGUAUGGGAAAACUAAAGUGUACAAGGGAGGGCUGCACAGGCAGCUUCACAAGCAUAAUGGGAUACCUAUAUCAUGUUAAAAAAUGUGGGAAGGCUGCUUCUGAGCUGGAGAAAAUGGCGAUGAAGUGCCAUCAUUGUGGGAAAGCAUACAAAUCAAAGGCAGGUCUUGUCUACCAUCUCCGAUCUAAGCAUGGGCCGGUCACUUUCUUCCAUGAGGAGAGAAGAACAGAAAGCCUGAAGGAAAUAAAACGGGAGCCAAAUAAUACAGGGAGAGUUCAGAGGAGAUCUGCAAAGGUGGCGAUCUACUAUCUCCACGAGCUAGCUGGAGAAGAGCUGGCCAAAGAGUGGCCCAAGAGAAAAGUGCUGCAGGACUUGAUUCCAGAUGAUCGGAAGCUGAAAUAUACUCGUCCUGGACUGCCCACAUUUAGUCAAGAUGUGUUGUGCAAAUGGAAAACAGAGAUAAAGAUGUACCGAAGAGUCCACUGUCCAAAUCAGGGUUGUGAAUCUGUAUACGGCAGUGUCUCAGGACUCAAAUCUCAUCUUGGCACAUGUACCUUGGGAGAUUUUGUGGCUGGCAAAUACAAGUGUCUCUUGUGUGACAAAGAAUUCGUUUCAGAGAGUGGGGUCAAGUAUCACAUCAACUCUGUGCAUGCUGAGGAUUGGUUUGAUGUGAACACAAGUACCACCAAAAGCUUUGAGAAGCUAAUGAAAAUCCGCCAAAGAGAAGAGCAGAGGAAGCAACGGAAGAAACAUCCUUUGACCCGGGGCAAAAAGAAGAGAACUGGGUCCCUGGCUGCCAAGAAGCUCUCCAGCGCUGGAGCUGAGAAAACGAGGAGAAGUAAGAGAGGUCGUCCACAGCGGGUAGACAACGAGAGCGAGAGUAGCGAGGAGGGGGAGCCCCAAGUUGCACAGAGAUCCAAAUUUCCAAAAUCCAGCCACAAGCGAGGCCGAAAAUAAAUCCCUGGAAGAAGGGAAGGAGUAAUCCUAAAGCUUUUCAGUUACAAGCCCCACUUCUGUCAGUCUCAUAACCCACAGCACUAAUAUAAGCAACUGAAUGCCUUUGGAACUGUGAUUUCAUUCCGCUCUGUGACCUAGAUUUUGAAACUGUUGAAUCUGGUCAGUUGUGAGAAACUAUGAACCAAAGCUGUGGUACAGAGGCAACCUCUCCUGGUGUAGUUCCCGUAAACAGUGGGACUAGCAUUGUACCCAGUGUGGAUUUUGCUCUGGUUGCAGUCUCAGUUUGGGUCACAUUAGUUAAUUGUUUAAUGGUUUCCAGCACAGCAGCUGUUUUUUCUUCUUCCUGAUUGGUGAGACCAGGGUUCUUUCUAAGCAAUUCUCCCUAUAAGAGUCUGACUAGCACAGUGUUUAGGUCCCUUUAAGGGAGGAACCUUUCUUGCACAGUAUGCACAAAAAACUAAGCAGCACCAUGCAGAACACAAAGGCUUCAGUUUGCCCUUUAGCUGUCCUAUCUGUUGUCAGCAAGGAUACCACAGAAGAGGAAAUACCUUACUGCUCCAGUCUGUCGCGCACAGCACUGUCUGUAAUUCAUACACUGAUGUCUAGGCUUGGCACCAAACAGUAGCAUUAUGAGCUUUGAUCUGCUUGGAAGUGAUGGGACAUCAUUAUCUCCCUUGUCAGGAACCUGAUAUUCCCCUGGUAUCUGUCUUCUUUAGUACUGUACAUUGAAUGUAUAAGGAAGGUCUUCCCACCCAGUGCAGAAUAAAUACUCUCCAGCCUUUUGGAGAUUCAUUGGCCUUCUGGAGACCACCUGACAGUGUAAAAUGAUGGCCUAUGUGGGUCUUCUGAAGACAGCUUGUUUCAGGCUCAACUGGGAAACAAACUUGCUGCAAGAUGGUGCAUAUCUACAGUUGCAGUGUCGGUAAUGCUACAGCCUGGAAUCCACUGAACUGCCUUGCACCAGUGUGUUGUUCUUUGUCAUGCCCACACUCCCAUAGCAUCCUUUUCUCUGCAAGUGAGCACUGUAGAUGUCUUCUUUAUCUUACAUCACCUGUUUCUUUUCAAUACUGCUUCCUUUAUAUGGAUAAGGUAUAUUAGCAGUGGCUUUCCAGUGUGGAAAAGGUCAAAAGAGGGUUCAUUUUUUGUAAAGUCACAUGAUGGUAUGAUCUCUGAGUCAUAGGGAAUAUCUUCCUGUGCUCCAGAGAUGAAACAGGUGUUACAGAAAUAGUAAGAAGCAGCACAAACAAUGCUACUCCAUCUUUUGACAGAAUAUGUUCUCCAGAAUCUGUUAUCCAAAGAUCCACUAUCCCAGAAAGCUGUAAAACCUUUUCCUUGUAGUUUUGCAGGCAAGAAAAUAGGCUACAUGUUGCCUCCCUUUGAAUUUUUCCUGUUUACCAAAAUCUGACACUGAAAUUCACAGGGAAGCUAUUGCAGUGCCUGGUGAACAGGCAGGUUUAUAUGUAUGUGUUAUUACCAGAAUCAUACAACCCUGAUGAUGGGAAACACUGUAUGGCCAGGGUGUUUUCAAGAGCUGCCUCUUCCAUGUAAUAAGCAAAGCAUUCAGGAAGUAGUAAGACAGCAUGCAGUGCUCUACUGUGAUUUACAUACAGUAGUUACACACUGCCUUUUGGAAACAGUUAUCAGUCACCAUGUGUGCAGUGCUGCACUCAAAAGUAUAAAUAUGUGGACUUCUGUACAGGGUGUACAAGGCUUGGAGCAAGAGGGGCAAGAUCAGAAGAUGACGAAAUAAAACAUUACCAGUGUGAGAAAGUGUUUUCUUGUUUGGUUUGUGGUGUUCUUGGCACCAUCCCUACUUACACAACACACCCCAGCCUGCCCACUUGGUUGUCAUGCAUGCUCACUAGUGCUGUUCAGUUCUGUACCCCAUUUCUCCUCUGUACUCCAUUCUAUAGAACUGUACUUUGACCACACGUUUACUACAUUACUGCCCAAUAAAUGGGCAACAAGAUAAAACCAUGAAUUAAAGGAGGUUUUUCUUAGUGGCUGUCAGUCUAGAGUCCUGUUUACUGUCACUGAUGAGUUACUAACCAGCCCUGCUUUCUAGAUGUGUAUACUUCUUCACAAGCUUAUGGAUUUUGUAGAGUUGCCUCAACAAUGCAUUCCCUCACAUAACAUAGCAUGUGGGGAAAAAAAUAAUUAUCCAACAGCCCAUACAUGAUCUAUCCAUACUCAGCUCCAUCAGUGCUACAGCCCUUCAUUUGCUGGAUUGGCUCAAGCUGGUAAUAGUUGGUGGCUCUUUGCACCAGCACAAUUCCCUGUUUCUGAGGAGUGUGAUCUGUGUAGGAGCACUUGCUUCCUACUGUAGGUGGACUAAAGCAGGCUACCCUAUAUGAGUACAACAGUGUCCUACAGCCUACCAUGCUAACGUUUACUGCUUAAGCACUCAUGAAUCUACUGUUCACUCCUUUGUUAACAGUUCAGUUAGCCUAGCUUUCUGCAAAUCCAGGUCAAAAAUUCUACACUAGAAAACUUGGUUUUCCUUUUACAAAUUCUAUUUGAGCAAGUACAUGUUUAGAAAGAGAUCUAGUUUUAAAGGUACAAAAAAAGUGAUAAAAGAGACCAGUUAGUCAUUAGAUAGUUGUUGCUGUGAUUCAUUACCCUAAAAAUUGUGUGCCUUACUUUAUUUGGAAUUAUUUUUAAUUUCAGCCUCUGCAUCUCACAUUGCUUAAUCGUUGUAAAUCAAAUAGCCUUGCAGUAUUGGAAUUAACUCCACAAAAUUUUCUAUAUGAGCUGAAGAGAUUUCUAGUUUCAUUUAAAAUAGUUUUUUUUCUCUUUUUUGUUGGUCUUGUCUGUUCUUUGCUGACAUUUUAUGUAUUGAACAGUGUAUUUUGGGCUUUUGAAAUUCA